UUCUGUACUGAGUAGACUGCUUUAUGAAAGGGGUUUUCCCACUUUCUUUUCGGCUGUAUUGUUUAAGUGGUUUGUCAGUCAUUAGACGUAUACCUUUUCACAUAUCCUGUUCUUCUUCAGCACAAACUUACGGUUUUUUCAACCUUACUAACUCAUUAUUUGGCAGAUACAGGCGUCCGUCUAUCUCGCCGACAGUAGUUUGUCGUAACUUCAGUCUCAGAGUAGGUAUGCCAGACAAAAAACCUUUCCAGCGUUUGCCACUGGAUGCUUGUCCAGUCAACUACAGCAUCCGCCUUCAACCAAACCUGAAGGCCUUCACGUUUGAGGGAUCAGAAGAAAUUCAAGUUGAGGUAAAGAACUCAUUGACAUCCAUUACCCUGAAUUGUUGUGAUAUUGAUGUGAAGGAAGCAAGUUAUCAAGCAGAUGGAUCUGACAAAAUCAAAGGAGAAAUUUCUUAUAAGAAAGAAGAUGAAACAGUUACAUUCUCAUUCCCUUCAGAAAUUAAGUCUGGAAAUGGAACCUUAUCUGUAUCAUUCAGUGGUGAGCUGAAUGAUAAAAUGAAGGGGUUCUAUCGCAGCAAGUACACAAGCUCUGAUGGGGAGGAGAGGAUUGGAGCAGUCACACAGUUUGAGGCCACAGACGCCCGGCGUGCCUUCCCCUGCUGGGACGAACCUGCUGUGAAAGCAACAUUUGAUGUCACCCUGGUGGUUCCAAAAGACAGAGUGGCUCUCUCUAACAUGCCGGUGAAGUCCGAGUCCCCCCUGGGAGGUGAUACCAAGUGGAAGGUGAUGACAUACGACCGCACACCUGUCAUGCCGACUUACUUACUGGCAUUUGUUGUCGGAGAGUAUGAUUUUGUUGAAGGGAGAGAUGCUGAUGGAGUCUUAGUCCGAGUCUACACACCAGUCGGCAAGAAGGAACAGGGCCAGUUUGCUCUGGAUGUAGCUGUGAAGACCCUGCCUUUUUACAAAGAUUAUUUCCAGAUUGCGUAUCCCCUGCCAAAAAUGGACCUUAUAGCCAUAGCAGAUUUUGCUGCAGGUGCUAUGGAGAACUGGGGCCUUGUGACCUACAGAGAAACAGCUUUGCUUAUCGAUCCAACAACAUCAUCUGCCAAUACUCGUCAGUGGGUUGCCCUGGUGGUUGGACACGAACUAGCCCACCAGUGGUUUGGAAAUCUUGUUACAAUGGAAUGGUGGACACAUUUGUGGUUGAACGAGGGCUUUGCUUCCUGGAUAGAAUAUCUGUGUGUCGACCAUUGUUUCCCUGACUUUGACAUCUGGACACAGUUCGUAAAUCAAGACUUAGGCCGUGCCCUGGAACUGGAUGCCCUUCAUAACAGUCACGCCAUAGAGGUACCAGUUGGUCAUCCUGAUGAAGUUGAUGAGAUCUUUGACGCCAUUUCCUACAGUAAGGGAGCAUCUGUCAUCAGGAUGUUGCAUGACUAUAUAGGAGACAAGGAUUUCCGUACCGGAAUGAACAAGUACCUCAACAAAUUCCAGUACAGCAAUGCCUUCACUGAAGAUCUGUGGGAAGCUCUGGAGAAGGCCAGUGGUAAACCUGUCGAGAAAGUCAUGUCCACUUGGACCCAGCAGAUGGGAUUCCCGGUCAUCAAGGUGGACGAGAAGCAGGAGGGAGAUAAUCGUGUUCUUAUCCUUACACAGGAGAAGUUUUGUGCUGAUGGUCAACUUCCAGAAGGUAAUGAAUCUAAGUGGUUGACACCAGUUAGUAUCUGUAGCAGCAGCAGCCCAAGUUCACCAGUCAAACAUAUCCUCAUGGAAGACAGCACAACAACAGUUACUGUGGAGAAUGUCAAGCCUGGUGACUGGGUCAAGCUAAACAGUGGCACAGUGGGAGUGUAUCGGGUACAAUAUGCACCUGCCACCCUCGAGACCAUGAUCUCGGCAGUAAAAGACCGGACCCUUCCCCCUAGGGACAGAUUAGGACUACAGAGCGACCUGUUUGCUUUGGCCAGAGCAGGUAUGGUGCCAUCUGUCGAUGCCUUUAAGGUGGCAAGUGCCUUUGUGAAUGAGGACAACUACACUGUGUGGACCGAUUUGUCUGGGAGUCUGGGUGGCCAGGGACUUCUGCUUCAGUACACUGAUGCUGAUAAAGCCUACAAGAACUUCUGUCUCAACCUCUACAAAAACGUGUACAAGACCCUGGGCUGGGAUGCCAAGGAUGGAGAAAGCCCUCUAAACGCUAUGUUGAGGGACUUAAUGCUGACUAAGAUGGGCCGUUGUGGUGACAGUGAUGUUGUGGCAGAGGCCAAUAAAAGAUUUGAAGCUCAUGUGUCUGGAGCCACACAGUUACUGGCCAACCUUAGGUCCUCUGUCUACAUCACAGUGCUGGCAAAUGGUAAUGAGGACACAUUCAAUAAAAUGCUUCAGUUGUAUGAUGCAGCAGAUAUGCAGGAGGAGAGAGUUCGCAUCAGCAGAUCUCUUGGCAGCAUCAAAUCUCCCGAACUCAAAAAGAAAGUUCUACAGUUUGCCAUGUCUGAUAAAGUGCGGUCCCAGGACACAGUCUUUGUGAUUGCCGGGAUAACUGGCUCUGUGGAGGGCAGGGAAAUAGCAUGGCAGUUUGUACAGGAUAACUGGACAGAACUUCACAACCGCUACAAGGGAGGCUUCCUACUGUCAAGACUUGUGAAGACCACAACGGAGAACUUUGUAACAGAAGACAAAGCUAAGGAAAUUGAGAACUUUUUCAAUGAGCAUUCUGCGCCAGCUGCUGAAAGAACCAUUCAACAAUCCUGUGAAAACAUCCGCCUCAAUGCCAAAUGGAUGCAGCGAGACUCUGCUAAAGUCUCAGAGUUUUUGAAGAAUCAAAUUUACAAGUAGACUCAAUUCAAAAGCAAACAAAAAAUCACAACCAAAACUUUUGAUGAAAGUAUUUUGUGCAAGAUGUCAAGCAUCUACUGACAUUGAAUUCAAGAUCGCGUGCAACUUAGACUGGCUUAAAAAGCUUUGGAUUUCAUGUAAUGAAUAUAUUUCCUCAAUCAGUGUGUUGUACAUUUAUUUAAAUUUACAGAAAAAAAAGUGCUGAUUAUGAUUUAUCAAUUAUUUAUGUGCAAAAAUUUACAUGAUUAUUUUUAGCUGAUACCGAUUGUUGUGUAUUGAUGAUGUUGUAAGGACAGAUAGUUGUAACCUUCACCAAGAAAAAAACCAAUGGAUGCUAUCCAAUGUAUAUUUUCUUUAUUGAUACAAUAAAAUGGAAGAACAUUCCAUAGAUAUAAAAACAUACAUAAAAUGAAGAAAAAACUAAAACUUCAGCUUAAAAUUACAUGCUUGUUUCUUUGUAGACUAAUAUUUGGAAGUAUUCCUAUACAGAUGUGCCAUUCAUUGAUAGGUAUACCGAGAUGCUUUUUAUAGACAGGUUUUAUUUUAUAGUAAAUUAGAGAUUUAGGUGAACCAUUCUAAACUAAUCAGCCAGAUUAUAAACCAAUGUUUAACAUACUCCUAAACAGAUAUUAAGUUACAGUAUGUAUUAAUGUGUAUUCAUUUUUAAUGGGACCAUUUUGUAUUUUGGUUGUCUGUUGUUUAUUAUGAAUUUGAUACAAGCAGUUGUAGGUUUUUUAGACAAUACUAGUAAGGCUUGGUUGGUGCAUCAAGUUUUAGUUUCAAUGAAGAAUCAUUUGCCUCUCUUUUGAUACACCAUAUUUGGUCUGACUGGCCACUCAGAAUAGACAGAGCCAGUUAAAUGGCUGUAUCUCACAGUAUAAUCAUGAUAUAGUUGACAAGAUGUGUGAUGUUUUUUGACUCUAUGUAUAUCGAACUCAGUGAGUCAUCAUUUUGACAAACUACAAUGUCAAAGCCACUUAAUCAGUUUUUCCUUUUGUACUUAAAGGACUUAAAAUCAAGAACAAUAAAGACUAUUUAAUGCUACUCCACAUUUAAGUUUAGUGUUAACUAUUGUAAGACUCAUCCAAAUAAGCAGGAUUAUAGAAACCGUGCAUUUUAAUCUUACAGAAAAAUGUUUUAAAGAUAAUCAAAAUUGUGAAUGUGAAAUAUGAAUGCGAGGUUUAAAACAAGAGAAGAUUUGACAUAAAACCAGAGUAUAAUUAAGUUUUAAGGUUUAGAUUAUAUUCAUAGACCAGCUAAUUAUAUUAAUUAUUAUAAUGUUAAUAGUAUGUAACAUUUGAAAUUGUAUAAAAUAAAUUGCAGCAAAUUAAUUUUUUUUUAUCAAUUAUAAUUUUCUGGUACUCUUUAUCGGGGAUGUAGCGCUUCUUCAAUGUUUUAAAUUGUGAAUCUAUUUUUGUUUUGUAAUUUUGAGUUGAUUAACAUCACUGUAAAGACAUUUCAUUGUCAGAAGUGGUAUAGUACCAUAUCAAGAUGUUGGUUCAUCACAAAAUAAACAUUGGAUUAUCAGCUA